CUCGGCUUCCAGCCGGAAGAGGCGGUGCGGCAGUACCUGCGCGCUCCCGCCUUCUGCUGCAGCUAACAUUGGCGGGAACCUGACAGGUUGGCGGGAACUGAGCGGGAUGGCGAUGGCUUCGCGUCGGGGGGCGCUCAUCGUGCUGGAGGGCGUGGACCGUGCUGGCAAGACCACGCAGGGCCACCGGCUGGUGACCGCGCUGUGCGCCUCGGGCCACCGAGCCGAGCUGCUGCGUUUUCCCGAAAGAUCAACAGAAAUCGGCAAGCUCCUGAAUUCCUACUUAGAAAAGAAAACAGAACUGGAAGAUCACUCAGUGCACCUGCUUUUUUCAGCGAACCGCUGGGAACAAGUGCCAUUAAUUAAAGCGAAGUUGAACCAGGGUGUGACCCUUGUUUUGGAUAGAUACGCCUUUUCUGGGGUCGCCUUCACUGGCGCCAAGGAGAAUUUUUCCCUGGAUUGGUGCAAACAACCAGACGUGGGCCUUCCCAAGCCCGACCUGAUCCUGUUCCUUCAGUUACAAUUGCUGGACGCUGCGGCACGGGGAGAGUUUGGGCUUGAGCGCUAUGAGACCGGGACUUUCCAGGAGCAGGUUCUGCUGUGUUUCCAGCAGCUCAUGAAGGAUGAAAACCUGAACUGGAAGGUGGUUGAUGCUUCCAGAAGCAUUGAGGAUGUCCAUGAAGAAAUCCGUGUCCUCUCCGAGGACGCCAUCCGCAGCGCCGCACAGAGUCCGCUGGAGGAGCUAUGGAAAUAAAUUAGACUUCCACUGCAGAAACUGUUCUCUGGUCCUUUAGGAGACUGGUGGAAGACUCACAACACUGUUCAGCAGGAGCUCUUCCUGAAGAGACCUACAAGCCUCCGUCAUAACCUGAGAUGUUGGUGGUAUGGACAAGUUGUGCAAUAUCUUCUCCUGUAAAGGUAUUAAUGUGUUAUGGUAUUUCUAUACCGAGCUUUAGUGGUAACUUUGGGCAGUUUUACUGAGAUCAUUAGAAACAUCAAUUAGUUGAGAGUUGUAUUUUUUGCAGACACUAAUAAAAGCUUAUUUGAAAAUGUA